CUAAGCAAAUUUUCUUUUAGUUUCCUCAUUUCAAGUGAGAUGGAAAUGGAUGCCUCUAGUCCUAUUUCUCAGACAUGCGACGGUGAAACUGGUUAUUCUCCAGCUGCCUCCUGUGUCGAGAAGAAGCUUAGAUUGUUUGGCUUUGAGCUUAACCCGAGUAAGAACAAUGACAACUCCCUGAAAAGUUCUGGUGAAGGUGAUGAAAGUGUAAACUCAUCAUCUGCCAGGGAGACUCCUACCAAGGAGAAAAGCUCAACAGGAGAGACUGAUGACAAGAAAUUCGAGUGCCAAUACUGCUUCAAGGAAUUCGCAAACUCACAGGCGCUUGGAGGUCAUCAAAAUGCUCACAAGAAAGAGAGGAUGAAGAAGAAAAGGUUGCAGCUUCAAGCCAAGAGAGCCAGCAUCAACUGUUACCUUCAACCUUUCCAAAACAGCCUUGGUUUCAGCUACCAAGGCUCCACUCCAUGGUACUAUGAGUCUUCCUGUUACAGUGCUCCUGAGUUCACUCUUUACGAGGAAUCUCAAAUCAGUUUCAACCAAUACGAGCAAGAUGCCCAUCCUAAUGGCUCUCAGCCACCAAAAUGGUAUCCUCUACCAUCUCAAAUGAUCCCUUUUCAACAAGAUUCAUCCAUGUUCACGCUAACACACGCUGACAGAUCGAGGGAAAACAGGCCUGUUGGUCUCAAGCCUUCCUCUUUGCCUUCAUCAAAGCAAAGCUGUAAAUCCCUGGAUCUUCAAUUAGGCCUCAGCUUGCAAUCUACAAUACAGAGUUCCUCUGGAAGUGGUAUAUAGCGCAUAUACAUAAAAUCAAGGUAAAGGUAAACAGUGCCAUGUCUUCUUCAAUGAUCAUAUGAAUUCUUUCAACCUCUGAACAAAGCAUACCAAAAUUCAUUACACUCGGGCUGAAGAACUUCAGCAACAGCUACACUGAAACUCAACCUAUAAUUCGAUCAUUGAGAGAGUAUACAAUUACGCUGCAACUCUUAUCUCAAUUUCGUGACGGUGAAAUGUCAUACAUACACAUGAUGCUGUAUUUACUCUCGACACAUGUAAGGAAGCAGAGAGCUAUCUAAUUGCAUAUAGAUGCCUGAUCAUCCUUUUCGCGCUGUCAAUAU